AUGCCGAGCAGCGACCGGCAUAACGACAUUGACAUCAACAUGCCCAUGCAAGUGAAGUUCGUGAUUAAUUUUGGAAGAAAGAGGUUCGCCUGCAACCUGGAAAUGGGCCGCUUUGACCUCCAACUGACGACACUUAUGAGCACUUUGAGUGUCCUGGAGCACUGUAGCAACGCUGCCGGCGAGGAGAGCGAGGCAGCAUUCAUGCAGUGCCAGAUUGAGCAGCUCAACAGCAUCCGGCAUGCAGUCCUCAAGUCGGCGCGAAAGAUGCCAAUCGAGGAAGCAGCGGCACCUACCGGAACGGAGAGUAACGGCACUUUGGUCUACCGGCCGACGACGGAGGAGACGGCUGCGCUUGACAACAACUUCAGUCAGGAAGUGUCGGGCAACGAGCCUGUUCGCAACGCCAAGCCCGUGCCCGAGCCAAAGGAGGCACAUCCCAAGAAGACGGCUUCCAAGUUUGGGAACUUCAAGCUCCUCAAGGCAGUGCAGGACAUGGUGAAGAUGCGUGGGAGCAGCAAGCGAGAUGGUGUCAAAAAGAUGAGGGCCACAGGCCACAGCUUUCCUCUUCCGCGCCAGCCGAUCCGGAAAGUUGACGAGGAAGUGUAUGACAGCGACGAGGAAGGCUUGGACCUGGACUCCGAUGAUGACACCGUUUGCCUGCCCCACAACGUGGUUCCUGCAGAUACAUCUUCCAAAGCUUAUACUGGGAGAAAUGGCCACGAGCUGCCCUUAUCCAAUCGCUCUGCGAAUAGAGGUAAAGUCACGCCAGUGGUCAGCUUCACUUCCGGCUUCUGA